AUGACAUCGUCGGAAGCUGAACGCGGAUUUUCAACGUUAAAAAGAAUUAAAACUUGUUUGCGAAGUACCAUGGGAGAAGAUCGACUAAACGCUUUAUCUAUUCUUAGUAUUCAAAGUGAAAUGAUUGCAGAAGAUAUAGAAUUCAAUAAAAAGGUCAUCGAACAUUUUUCAUCAACAAAAAACAGGCGGAUGGAUUUUAUUCAUAAAAUAACUCCAUAA